UAGAAACAGGCCUUGCCCCGGACAGUUAAAUCAAGAGGUGACGUCACGGUAUGUGAGAUAGGUAUAUUAGCAGCCGUCGUCGUGUCGUUGAACGCUUUUUCGAUAGAGCAAAUUAAAUUUUUCCUCUGGGCAAAUUCUUGACACAAAAUCGGCUUAGCUAUGUGGGUUGAGGAGUGCGAUAGCUUUGCUGAAUUGUGCCGAGGCUACUUACCUUAUUAUCUCCUCAUAGUGUUGCCGAUUUUCAUUAUUAUCGCCCCGGCUAAUCCCGUGGUCGCCUCUCACGAGUUUUCCGUCUUUCGCAUGAGCCAGUAUGACUUGCAUGGAAUACCUCAUGGAUGUCGUAGUGCUCCAAUUUCGCUAGAAGCAAGGUCUCUUACAGGUUGGAGUACAUCAAGGCACUGUAUCGUUGCCAGAGCUUUAGAUAUUACAUCGGAAAACUUUCAGGCCAUCAGGCAAAAAGCUGGAGCACUAAUCGUUGUCCUUCCAGAAAAGCUUGAUAAGUUAAACAAUGAACAAAAACAGCAUAUCAUGUCUCUGGAAGAAUCAAUGAUUUAUGGCCCAGAAAGUCCAAUUCCAGUGUAUUUUACUCAAUUGAAUCCAGAACUGAUGUUGAUUCUAGAGGAUAUUGAGAAUGGUUUCAUAACUGAUGAUAAAGCUGGAUCUGCAGCAGAAGCUCUAUUCAAUUCUAUCUCAGCUAGCGGCUAUCAAGUGGUAGUAUCUACAAGUCAAGCUAUUGCCAAAACCGAUGUAAAAGUAGCUACUUUGCAUGGAAAGUUAACUGGAACUGGAACUGAAGAUAGAUUGCCAACUAUUGCUUUGGUUGCUCACUAUGAUAGUCUUGGUGCUGCAUCAGAAUUGUCAUUUGGAGCAGAAAGCAAUGCAUCUGGAUUGGCAAUGCUUCUCGAACUUGCUAGGCUAUUUUCAGUACUAUAUUCUACUGGCAGAUCGCGACCUCGAUACAAUCUUGUUUUCAUUGUAACUGGAGCUGGUAAAUUGAACUACCAAGGCAGUAAGAAAUGGUUGGAAGAUCAGCUUGAUGGUCUUGAAGGUUCUGUUAUUCAGGAUGCUUCAUAUGUAUUAUGUUUGGAUUCGCUGUCGAGUGGCGAGAACAUAUACGUUCAUGUAUCAAAACCACCCAAAGAAAACUCUCCAGGUUGGUCGAUUUACAAAGAAUUGAAGGCUGCUUCGGAUUUCAUGGGUAACGUAAACGUUGAGGGUGUGCACAAAAAGAUUAAUCUCGCGGACGAUAGCCUCGCUUGGGAACACGAGCGUUAUAGUAUUCGAAGGUUACCCGCUGCCACAUUGUCGACACUUAAAAGUUAUGAAGAUCCCUUGAGGAACACCAUUUUAGAUGUCGUGCAAGAAGGACAAAUCGACAGGCUUCACAAGCAUACGAGCGUUGUCGCUGAAGCUCUUGCUAGGCAUAUGUAUAAUAUUAGUUAUAGCCAGAUGUUUUCUGAGCCACUUAGCGUAUCCAAAGACUCGUUAAACAUGUGGAUGGAUUAUCUAUCGUCACAACCUAGAACAGCAUCGCUUUUGGCUGACAAACAAAAUCCCUUAGUCAAUAUUCUUAAGGAAACGAUGCAGAAGUACCUGGGUGACGUGAAAGUCACUUUUCACACUCCCGACAAACGUGAUCCUGAGUUUGUCUUUUACGAUACUACCAAAGCUACAAUGAACGUUUACAAUGUGAAACCAGCUGUGUUUGAUCUCUUUUUAACGAUAGCGAUCGCUCUGUACCUGGGAGUAGUGUACCUGGUGGUACACAAUUUUCCACACGUCUACAAUUUCUCCACGAGAAUAUCGAAGUGUAAAUCGUCGUAAAGAAAUAGUGAAUUCUUGCGCAUUUUUUUUCUUUUCGUGAAUGUCUUUUACAAACUUGCUCUUUUGUUUCUUUGAUUUGUUUAGAAAAUCUAUGGAGAUUCUAUGAUUGAGGACUCUUUAGUCUAAUUCGUUCGGUAUGUUUGUUUCUUAAAUAUAUGUAGGCAGAUAAACAAUGUUUAAUUAGGUGAAGAUAGUAUUUGCAUAAAUAUUUGUUUUGAUAUCCAAUUUUUUUACCAGCUGUUAGGUGUAGCAUUUCUUUUAUAAAAGUUGCCAUUUAUAUUAGAUGUUCCUAGAACCGUUUAAGCAAUUAAAUUUCUCACCCAUGCACCAAAUUGUGGCAAUAAUGUUUCUUUUAAUUUGGAAGUCAAUUAGUAAAAGAAGUAUUUAUUUCAUUGUAACUGUAAGUCUAUGCUGUUAUACGGUAUAAUUGUGCCGUCAGUAUUUAUGAACGUUUAUACAUUUCCUUUAAAACUUAUUGCAAGCAAGUACUAUCUUGUUACAUUAAAAAUAUACAGAUAUGUCACAACUAAAUAAUCUACUCUAGUUUUCGUAUGUCACCCAAAGACGAGAGUUUUAGGCAAAUUGUAACAAAGUUAUAGCGGACGAUAUCUUUACAUAGACUUUUUAAGUUUACUAUGAAUUACAGAUGUUAAAAGUCGCUGAUCUGAAGUACGUCUCCGUUAUCUAUAUAAUCAUUGCACAAUAAAAUACUUUUGCGUCGCGACGGUCAAACUCGACAGACCAUUGCGGGAGUUGAUUUAGGUAGUAUAAUACACUUCGUAUCGAUUCAUAUAAGAGGAAUAAAUGUUUUUUUGUUGUUUCUUUUCCCUUUUUACCUGGGGGUAAUCGGUAAGACUGACCAAGUGAUUAUGCGAUAACAUGAUAGCUGUCGGUUGAACUCGAUCAGCAAUCAAGCUUUAAUGCAUUAUGUAUAUAUAAAGUUUGAAUAAACGAUGACUUAAAUAGAACUGCUCUGAUUGUGAUAAUUUGACGAGGUGUUUUUUUUAACAUUCCGAUCAAGAUUUUCACCGACUUUGCGUGCGUUAUCUUUAGUGCUCGGAUUUGAGAAAAGUCGAUCCUCGCGGCCGUCGAGGGCGUCAAAACAAAGUGCGGUCUUUGUUGCAGAAACCGACUUGGAGAAGAAAAAGUGAACGACCUAUUCGCCUCGAACCAAUAAAACGUCAAUUG